UCCUCUCCCCAACCCGCAACUUUUAAGGGACGUCUGCAGCUCAGUGACUUCGCCUUCAAGUCGUCCAAGUCAGAGCUGGCCCCUGACUCUUCCGCAUCAACCCCCACGCGCCGCAGGUCUCCGCGCUUUAAUCUCACCUCAUCUUCAGCAACACCAAACAAGAGGCCGCAAGAGGACGAGGAUGAGAAGGAUGAGAAGGAUGAGAAAGAUGAGACGGAUGACAACAAUGGGAGCAAUGGCAACAAUGGCAAAAAGACAAAAAAGAAGCGAGCCCGUACCGCUUCUGGCUACGCGCCGCCCUCCACUUACGCCCAUCUCUCACUCCUCCCUGACGCCAUUUCUCAGCAUCUCCUUGUCCUCUUCAUUGGCUUGAACCCGGGUGUCCAGACGGCCCGUACCGGACAUGCGUAUGCCCACCCUUCAAACCUAUUCUGGAAGCUGCUCUUCUCCAGCGGCGUCACUCCACGGCUCUGCAGUCCGACCGAGGACCGCCAGAUGCCCGAGCUCUAUUCACUCGGUCUCACCAACAUCGUUGCUCGUCCCAGCCGCAAUGGUUCCGAGCUGAGCAAGCAAGAGAUGGACGAGGGUGUCGAGAUCCUUCAAGAAAAGGCCCGAAAAUGGCGCCCAGAAUCCAUCUGCGUCGUUGGGAAAAGCAUCUGGGAAAGUGUCUGGCGCGUCCGCCACGGGCGCCCCGUCGGCAAAGCCUUCAAGUACGGCUGGCAGGAUACUACCGAGAACAUGGGGGUCAUCGACGGCGAGUGGGACGGUGCCAGGGUCUUUGUGGCAAGCAGUACGAGCGGGUUGGCAGCUACACUCUCGCCGGCUGAAAAGCAGCGUAUCUGGGGCGAACUUGGGGCCUGGGUUAAGACGAGACGGACAGAGAGAGAAACUGGAGCCGAGAAG